AUGGUGGCGUUCACCGUGUACAAGUCGUCCAAGUACCUCUUUGACUGCGUGGCCCCUACGGAUGCGGCACCGUUACAGCCGUAUCCAACGGUAGAUAUAAACGAGCUAGAAGCUCUUCGGCUUGAUGCCGUGGACGUGGUCAAGCGCAUGGACUACGCCGAACUGGACAAACUAAUUGCUUGCUGCAGAGAGCAUCCUCCACAGACGGUUGUCGUGCCAGCGACGCAUGGUGACACUGCUCCAUUCCAGAAGUUUGCUAAGUACCUGAAAGACCGACAACGGGUGAGCUGGUUGCGAUGA